AUGAACGACUCAAACACCCCAUCUACUCCUGAUACGGAGUACUCUGCUCCAUGCAGUCCCCAGCAAAAGAUUCAGCAUCUAAGAGAUACUCGCUCCGCAGCAAGAGAGAAGCUGGCUAGGCUGACGCUGGUCUCACUCCUCACAGCCGCCGACUUUUGGAGAACGAAAGCUAUUCCUGAGAAGGGCAUCCCUUCAAUCAAGACGACUGAUGGUCCCAAUGGCGCUCGCGGUGGUAUCUUUGUCGGCGGCACCAAGGCUGCACUAUUCCCUUGCGGUAUCUCACUCGCAGCAACAUGGAACAAAGAUCUUCUCUACCAAGUCGGGCAGCAUCUAGCGCUUGAAGUUCGAGCUCGAUCAGCGGAAAUGCUUCUCGCUCCAACAGUCUGCAUGCACCGCCAUCCCCUCGGCGGUCGUAACUUUGAGUCUUUCUCCGAAGACCCCCUUCUCACUGGAAAAUUGGCAGCACAGUACAUCAAGGGUCUUCAAGACAGAGGCGUUGCAGCGACCAUCAAGCACUUCGUGGGAAAUGAGCAAGAGACCAACCGGCUGACGAUAGACUCGCUCAUCACGGAGCGUCCCCUUCGGGAGAUCUACCUGAAACCCUUUGAGAUUGCUGUUCGAGAGGCUAAUCCCUGGGCUGUCAUGACUUCGUACAACCUAAUCAACGGCGUCCACGCUGAUCUGAACAAGCACACACUGAAAGACAUCCUCCGAGGAGAGUGGGGAUACGAGGGAACUGUGGUUUCCGACUGGGGAGGCAUCAACUCAUCGAUCGAAUCCGUGGAAGCAGGGUGCGAUAUCGAAUUCCCCUACUCUUCCAAAUGGCGUCUGGACAAGCUCGUCACAGCCGUCAAUGAGGGUCGCAUUUCGAUUGAGGAUAUUAACCAAGCAGCUGAGAACGUACUCACGUUGGUGGAACGACUCAAGGGAGGUGAUAUGUCACCCGAGGCGCCUGAACGGGAGGAUGACCGCGAGGAAACGAGGGAACUCAUCCGAACCGCUGGCCACGAAGGUCUUACACUUCUCAAGAACGACGGUGGCAUUCUCCCUCUGUGUCCCAGAUCUACCAAGGUCGCUGUAAUUGGACCGAACGCCAAUCGACAUAUUGCAGGCGGUGGUGGAAGUGCAAGUUUGAACCCGUACUACAACACCAUUCCGCUUGACAGCAUCCGAAAGGCAUCCAAGCAGAAAGUCUCGUUCGCCCAAGGUUGCCAUAUCCACAAGUGGCUCCCUGUCGCAUCUGAGUACUGCACCGAACAGUCAGGCAAACCCGGCGUUCACAUCGACUGGUAUGCGGGUGAUAAGUUCGAGGGCAAUCCAGUGGUGAAGCAGCGCCGAACAAACACAGAUCUCUUCCUAUGGGACUCGGCGCCCCUGAGUGAAGUCGGUCCCGAAUGGUCUGCCGUGGCCACGACGUUCCUUAUGCCGAGGACAACAGGCAAACACACCAUCAGCUUCAUGAGCGUUGGGCCCGGAAAGCUCUUCAUCAAUGACAAGCUGGUUCUCGAUCUGUGGGAUUGGACCGAAGAAGGCGAGGCGAUGUUUGAUGGAUCGAUUGACUACCUUGUUGAUGUCGACAUGGAAGCCGACAAAGCUGUUGAGCUGCGCGUGGAGAUGACGAAUGAACUUCGUCCCAUUUCGAAACAGAAGCAGUUCGGCAUCACCCACAAAUACGGCGGCUGUCGUAUCGGAUAUAAGGAGCAAGAUCAGGUAGAUUAUAUUCAGCAAGCAGUCCAGACGGCUCGUGACGCAGAUGUCGCUGUUGUUAUUGUUGGAGUCGAUGCGGAGUGGGAAUCGGAAGGGUACGAUCGUCAAACAAUGGAUCUUCCUGCCGACGGAAACCAGGACAGGCUUAUCGAAGCUGUUGUCAAAGCUAACCCCAAGACCGUUGUCGUCAACCAAUCCGGCAGCCCGGUGCAUAUGCCAUGGGUCGAUCGAGUGCCUGUAAUUCUUCAGGGCUGGUACCAAGGACAAGAAGCCGGCAAUGCCCUGGCGGAUGUCCUCUUCGGUAUUGAGAACCCAAGUGGCAAACUCCCAAGUACAUUCCCCAAGCGAAUCGAGCACACCCCAGCAUGGCACACCUGGCCUGGCGAGAACCACAAAGUACUGUACGGCGAAGGUCUCUACAUCGGCUACCGACACUACGACCACGCCAAGAUCGAGCCUCUCUUCCCCUUCGGCCAUGGCCUCUCCUACACAACCUUCGAAUACGGUCGCCCCGAGAUCUCAACGAAGACCCUCACUCCCGAUGGCGAAAUCAAGAUCACCCUCGCCGUCUCCAACAUCGGAACUCGCGCCGGUGCAGAAAUCGUGCAGCUCUACGUCCACGAUGAAAAGAGUCGCUUGCCACGACCUGAAAAGGAACUUGUGGCCUUUGAGAAGGUGUUCCUUGAAGCGGAAGAGACAAGGCAUAUUACCAUCAAGUUGGAUAAGUACGCUGUUGGGUAUUAUGACGAGACUGUUCCCGGUUGGAUUGCUGAGGAGGGCGCUUUCAAGGUGCUGAUCGGUGCAUCGAGUACGGAUAUCAGGUAA